GGUGUCCGACUUCAUCAAUCAUGGCGCAGGAACGGCCGAGGAUACCUGCGAACCUCCCCUGGGAGGUGCUGGACCAUUUGCUGACGCACGGCGUCCGUUUACUGACGGCCAUCAGCUGUUGCAUUCUGCUCGUCAUCAUCACGAUCAAGCUGAGCCCUCGCUUCCUUUUCAGCGGAGGCAUCAGGCUGGGUGUCACGUCGCUGCCCGACAAUGAGGAGCAGGCGUCCUUCACGCGAGCCAUGAACGCCGCGGCCAACGCGUUCCUGUUUCUCGGAAUGAUCAUCACGGUGACGGUGCUCGUUGUGACGCUCUUCUACUACCGCUACUACACCGUCAUCGGAGCCUGGAUCACCCUCGCCUGCGCCAUGAUGCUGGUCUUGUCGCCCGUCACCUACGUCUACACCUUAUUCAAGAAGUACAACGUGCCGGCUGACAUCAUCUCGGUCGGCUUAUUCGUCUACAACUUCAUGGCGCUCGGCGUGGUCGUCAUUCGGUGGAAGGGCCCGCUCCUGCUGCAGCAGUUCUACCUGGUCGUCGAAUCUGCCUUCAUAUCGAUCUUUCUGCUCGUGUUCCUGCCCGCCUGGACCCUGUGGGUCGUGCUGUGCCUCAUACCCAUCUGGGACCUGGUCGCCGUGCUGUCCCACGUCGGGCCACUCAGAAUCCUCGUUAAGACAUUGACUGAGAGGAAAGAGGAUCUACAGGCCGGAAUGGUCUUCUCGACUUCCAGUACGGAAAGCGGCCCGGACGCCCGUGGCCUCAAGAUGGGGCUCGGCGACUUUGUAUUCUACAGCGUCCUGGUGGGCAAGGUGUCGACGUUCGGCGACUGGGCCAUUGUGUGCGCUUGCUUCGUCGGCAUCCUGGUCGGCGUAUGCGCCACGCUGUUCGUGUUGGCCGUCAAGCGGACUGCGCUGCCGGCGCUUCCCGUGUCGAUGGCGUUCGGCCUGACUUUCGCCGCCUUCCACAAGGUCAUCCGAAACUUUAUGAAUGAACUGUACGUAUCGCAAGCGUUCAUAUGACGCCUCGAAUUCCGACACGAGCCGCACAAGACUCCACAAACCGAGCAGAAAGGGUGCGUUAUGCUAAAUUGAAGAACUGUCAUCGCAGCUUCCGGUCUGGAGAGAAAGUCAACAAAAAUUAAACGACGAGUAUUUGCGUCCUCUAUUAAGAUUGGUUGAAUUGAUAAUACGAAAGCGCUCAGCAUGGCACCGACAAGUGCGGUGUUCGCGCUGUAUGUUACUUUAGAGAAAAAACAUGACUUUGGCAAUUCAAAAAUUGGCAACCAAAUCUCAACCUGGGAUCCGAAAUGGUCAUAACAACCUUGACUUAUGUCCUUGGAAAAGGUGGAGUAGUAGCACUCUUUGCGGUCGCAAUGACUAUUGUGUAUUUGAUACUGGUCGACCCUACUUAUCACGACGCCAUACACUUGGGGAUGGCUGAAAGGGGCCGGUGCAGUAAUUACAUAUUCAACUCGCAUAGCUAUCAAAGUUGUACCGCUACGCAAGGUCUAAAACAAAGAAAACAAUUAACGCUUAUUAAUUAGGAGUACACGUAUUUUUCUUUAGAUUAGUCAAGUGGAGUUUCGAAUCGAGGUAUUCGAUUCGUGAAUUUGUUAUUCGGUUUCUUUAAAUAUUUGAAUAUGGUCACUGUUGGGCUACGAUUGUUUAAUCAUGUCUGCCCUUUUCAGAGGAGCUCAAGCAUACCAUGUCAUGAUCGUGUCCAAGUGCCAGUUGAAAGGGAACCAGAAACUAUGGUGGGGCUACAUUUUAUUUACUCAUUUACGAGCUCGAUAUCAGAUUUCAAGUGGCUAUCUGUGUUAUGUAUUGAAACAAAAAAUAACUCCUUUCUACUGUCUUCUCUCUCAAUGCCUGCUAUAUUUAUAUGGUGCGGGCUGGGGUCUUUUAUAUUAUUAAUCUAUAUGCUUCAAAAUAAAAAAAAAUAUAAAUGUC